AUGCAUCCUGUGCACAGGACGCAGAGUGUUCAAAUACUUGCAGAGUGGAGCAUAGACUCUGGGGGUGCAGUGAGAGUGAGGGUGACCUGUGAGGAAGUUACUGCCCCAGAGGAGGUGAGUGCUGGUGGUGGCUGGACAAGAUUGGUGGCUGUGCAGGGCCAUGUGGUCUUUGAGGAUGUGGCCAUAUAUUUCUCCCAGGAGGAGUGGGGCCUCCUUGAUGAGGCUCAGAGACGCCUGUACUGUCAUGUGAUGCUGGAGAACUUUGCACUUUUGUCAUCCAUAGGAUGUUGGCAUGGAGCCCAGGAUGAAGAGGCACCUUCAGAGCAAGGUGUUUCUGUAGGAGUGUCACAGGUCAGGACUCCAAAGCCAGGUCCAUCCAUCCAGAAUGCCCAUUCUUGUGAGAUGUGUGGCACACUCUUGAAAGAUAUUUUGUGCCUGGCUGAGCACAAUGGAACACACCCCAAGCAAGAGAUGUACACAUAUGUGGCAAAUCUUUCCCAGUACCAAAUGGAGCAGAAUAGAAAGAAACUGCCCAGAUGGGAUGAGAGGAGGCCUUCAUUUGUAAAGAACUGCAGUGUUCACUUGACAGAGAAGACCUUCACGUGCAGUGAAGGUGGGAAGGACUUUCCAGCCGGCACAGGCCUUCUCCAGCCCCCGUUCCCUCACAGUGAGAGGAAGCCACACAAGGAUACUGAGGGCAGGGAGACCUUUGAACAUGGACAAAAUGGUUACAAGUGUGGCAAAUGUGGGAAAGCCUUUAUCCACAAACAUAUACUUAUUGAGCACCAGAAAAUCCACACUGGAGAAAGGCCUUAUGCCUACAGCAAAUGUGGGAAGACCUUUAUUAUAAGGUUCCACCUGCUUCAUCACCAGAAAAGCCACAAUGAAAUAAGGCUUUAUAAGCACCUUGAACGUGGAGGAUUCUUUACACAAAUGUCUGGCCUUAUUGAAAACCAGAGAAUUCACACUAGGCCAGUGCCUUAUGAGUGCAACCAGUGUGGAAAAGGCAUUAAUGACAGCUCCACACUCAUUAUUGAUCAGAGAGUUCAUACUGGAGAAAAUCCAUGUAAAUGCAGCGAAUGUGCGAAAUUCUUUAGGUACAGCCCCACGCUUGAGAGACAUCAGAAAGCUCACAUUGGAGAAAGGCCUUAUGAGUGCAGCAUAUGAGGUAGAUUCUUUAGCCAAAACUCCCACCUCAUUCAGCACCAAAAGGUUCACACCAGAGAAAGAACUUAUGAAUGUAGCGAAUGUGGAAAAUUCUUUAUGAACAGGUCCACGCUCAUUAUUCAUCAGAGAGUUCACACUGGGGAAAAGCCAUAUAAAUACAGCAAAUGUGGGAAAUUCUUUAGGUACAGCUUCACACUCAAAAGACAUCAGAGAGUUCACACUGGAGAAAGGUCAUGUGAGUGCAGUGUAUGUGGGAAACGUUUUAUGAACAGCUCCACACUUAUUAUUCAUCAGAGAGUUCACACCAGGGGAAGGUGUUUUGAGUGCAGCAAAUGUGGAAAAUCCUUUAGGUAUAGCUCCACACUUGAAAGACAUCAGAAAGCUCAUACUGGAGAAAGGCCUUAUGAGUGCAAUGAAUGUGGGAAACUCUUUAGCCAAAACUCCCACCUCAUUUGGCACCAGAAUGUUCACACCAGAGGAAAAACUUAUGAAUGUAGUGAAUGUGGAAAAUUCUUUAUGGACAGGUCCACACUCAUUAUUCAUCAGAGAGUUCAUACUGGAGAAAAGCCUUACGAGUGCAGUGAAUGUGGGAAAGGCUUUAGAUACUACUCCAGCCUCGGUAAACAUCGGCAAAUUCACACUGGGGAAAAGCCUUAUGAGUGCAUCAGCUGUGGGAGAGGCUUUAGCCAAAACUUGCAUCUCAUCAGGCACCAAGAAGUUCACACCAAAGAGAAGCUGUAUGAGUGCAAGGAAUGUGAAAAGGCCUUCAUCAGAAAAUCCCACCUCACUCAGCAUCACAAAAUCCACACUGGGGAAAAGCCUGAGGAGUGUGGCAAAUGUGGCAAGUCCAUUAGGCACCAAUCCAACCUCAUUAGACAUGAGCGAAUUCACAGUGGAGAAAGCAAUUAUGAUUGCAGUGAAGAUGGGAAAAUCUUUAGCAAAAAGUCUCACCUGGUUCAUCACCAGAAAAUCCACACCAAAGACAGGCUUUUGGAUUUUUCCAGCCGCCAGGUCAACCAGUGCAGGAACUCCCGGCUCACCCCGCUGGCUUUUGUGAUAAUGAAAGUCUUCUUGUUUAAGCUGCACUUACUGUUGGGCUUCUAUUCACUGUAUGCUGCGGAGGAGAUAGGAGGAUAA